AUGUCUACAUUUUGUUUUGUUCCCCAGGUUGAAGUUGAUACAAUGUCAAAUUGCCCAUCUAUACUAUUGAUAGGAAAAACUGGCGUUGGUAAAAGUACUUUGGGAAAUUUACUUUUGGGUCGAAAUGUAUUUGAUGUCUCGGAUUCAGCUGCAUCAUUAACUCAAGGAUAUCAAACUGCCCCGAUCGAAAUAAACGAGAAAACGUUCACUGUUGUUGAUACACACGGAUUUUUUGACACAAACAGAACGAAUCAAGAAAUAUUGAAGGAGGUUACCCAAGAAAUAUUACAAUGCGUAAAUGGAAUUCAGGCUUUUAUAUUUGUUAUAGAGGCUACACGUUUUACCAAAGAACAGAGGGACAUUAUCAAUCAAAUUAUCAACUUCCUUGGCGAAGACUCAUUAAAUAAUAUGAUCGCGGUAUUUUCAAAAUGUAGAAAGGCUCCGACAAUUAACCCUGACCAGCUCUUCAAUUCAUUUUCUCAGGAGGAAAAGGACUUUCUCAACCGUAUCGGGAACAGAUUUACUAUCUCACCAAAUCUCGAGAUUUUUGACGAACCAAACGACCCAAUUGUCGUGCGCCAUAUGACGAAACUUAAAGAAUACAUUGUCAAUUUUCCAGACUUAUAUACAACAGCUGUAUUUGAAAAAGUUUUAAUGGCUCGAGAAAAUGAGUACAAAAGAAAACGUGUAAAUGCUGGGCCAAAAGGAUUCCUUACUCAUAAAUUAAUUAAUGAAUUAGAAGCAUGUUUUGCCGCAGAUUCAAAAGUUAUUUUGAAAAAUGGAAAAGUCACCAAAAUUUCAGAACUUGUUAUUGGAGACUACGUAUGUUGUGGAUUUGAGGACGGAAAGCAAGUUUAUAGUGAAGUGUUUCUAAUGAUCCAUGCCGACCCAAAUGCAGUGACGAAAUUUCAAUCAAUUGACUUUGUGAAACAAGAUGGAUCACAAGGAAAUCUUCAUAUUACCCCCGAACAUCACAUCUUCGUGAACAACGGUGAGACUGAUUUCGCAAAAAAUGUUACAACAAACACUAAACUUUUUGUUUCUGAUGGAGAGAAAUUUGUUACCGUGCUUCCAACUCGUGUAACAAAAGAACGAAGAAAAGGUUAUUAUAGUCCCUUGACUCGAAGCGGCACCAUUCUUGUUGACGAGGUUCUCUGCUCUUGUUAUGCUUCUGCACCGCCUUAUCAAGCCUUGUUAAAUUUUGUCCUCGUGCCAUUAAGAAU